UUAAAAUUUAGUUAACUCAAAAGAAAAACAAAUUUACAGCAAAAAUCCUUCGAAAAGCUGCAUGGAACGUUGAAAACCGGGGCCACCAAUGAACAAUCGCGUCAAAUUAGCGAUAUGUUAUCACUACACACUCCCAAACCCACUUUUAUUCCUCUCUCCGCCAUUUCUUCCGGCGAGAAAGCAUCUUCCCUUUUACUCCUUUUCACUAUAUCGGCCAUCUUUUCGUCUUCCUCAUUGAUUCCUCUCUAAUGCUCCUCCGGAUGACUGACCAGUUUUGUUCUCUUAGAUUCUUCCCGUUUCUCUAGCGGCAAGUACUGGGUUUCAUGCCCCAUUUCUGAUUUAUUGGCUUGCCGGCGUCAGUUCUUCAGAUGGGUUGCUCCCAGUCGAAGAUCGAGAAUGAAGAAGCGAUUGCGCGUUGUAAAGAUCGGAAGAUUCAUAUGAAAGAUGCAGUGGCAGCGCGUAAUGCUUUUGCGGCUGCUCAUUCCGCUUAUGUCAUGUCUUUGAAGAACACUGGAGCUUCUUUGAGUGACUAUGCUCAUGGAGAAGUUCAGAAUCCUCAAUUGCUCAAUGGGUCUGCUCAAUCGAACCCGAAAAUUGAUUCUGUUGCAGCGUCUUAUGAGCCCCUAGUUCCGCCACCACCGCCUCUUCCGAAUUUCCCUUCUCCUCUUCAUAGGGCUGCUAGCAUGCCGGAGAUGAGCAUUCCCAAGUCCGAUCUGAAGCCGGUUGGCCCCAUUAUCGAGGAGGAUGAAAAUGAAUCUGACAAUGAGAGUUCUAUUGGUUCGUUGAGGAGGAGGAGAAGUAAAAAAGGCAGCGGUGGUGGUGCGAGCAGCCGAAUUGGGAAUACAGAGCUUGAUGAUGAAUUAGAAGGUCCACCGCCGCCAGUGCCGCCGCCGCCGUCUAACACGCCACCGCCAAUUGUGAACCGGCCUCCGCUACCGGCACAUCAACAAGAUUCGACUUACGAUUUCUUUUUUGGUGUGGACAGUAUGCCUGGUCCGAGUUUGAGUGAGGCUGAGGAGGAGAUUGAGCGUGACCCUUUUGAUAAAAGUCCUGAAAGAGAGGACAAUAAUGAAAUGGAGAAUCAAAGAGGAGGAAGCAACGAAGCUGAGGCAGUGGAGCCACCGCCGCCGCCUGCUGUGGCAGAACCAUCAGCCAUAACAUCAAAGAGCUUGAAGAAGGUGGGAGGUAUGGGUUCCAUGGAGGGCAGGAGGAUGAAUGAGGCUAAAUUUAACUUGUUGCAGAUAUUUGUGAAUCUUGAUGAUCAUUUUCUCAAGGCUUCUGAGAGUGCCCAUGAAGUAUCCAAGAUGCUUGAGGCUACACGACUACAUUAUCACUCAAAUUUUGCUGACGGCCGAGGGCAUAUCGAUCACUCUGCUAGAGUGAUGCGUGUUAUUACAUGGAAUCGAUCAUUUAAAGGACUUUCUAAUAUGGAUAAUGGAAAAGAUGAUUUCUAUGCAGAAGAUCAAGAAACUCAUGCCACCGUGCUUGAUAAACUCCUAGCAUGGGAAAAGAAGUUAUAUGAUGAAGUGAAGGCAGGUGAGAUUAUGAAAUUUGAGUACCAGAGAAAGGUCGCUGCAUUGAACAGGCUAAAGAAACGAGGUUCUAAUCCAGAAGCGUUGGAGAAAGCAAAAGCAGGUGUGAGUCACCUGCAUACAAGAUACAUUGUUGACAUGCAAUCAUUGGAUUCAACUGUCUCGGAGAUUAAUCGUUUGCGAGAUGAACAGUUAUACCCAAAACUCGUUCAGCUUGUUCAUGGGAUGAUGUUGAUGUGGGACACAAUGCGAAUGCACCAUGAAGAGCAAUUGAAAAUUGUGAGUGCAUUGAGAUAUCUGGAUCUCUCUCAAUCUCCAAAAGAAACUAGUCUGCAUCACCAUGAGCGUACAGUACAGCUCUGCAAUGUCGUGAGAGAGUGGCAUUCACAGUUCGAGAAGCUAGCGCUCCGUCAGAAAGACUAUGUUAAAUCAUUAAACAGUUGGUUGAAACUAAAUCUAAUUCCUAUAGAGAGCAGCUUGAAAGAGAAGGUUUCUUCUCCACCAAGAGCUCAAAAUCCACCCAUUCAGAGACUCCUCAUUGCUUGGCACGACCAACUCGACAAACUCCCAGACGAGCAUCUUAGAACGGCAAUAUCCAGUUUCAGUGCGGUGAUAAGUACUAUUAUGCUGCAGCAGGAAGAAGAGAUGAAGCUGAAGUUAAGAUGCGAUGAGACCGAGAAAGAGCUCGAGCGGAAGCAGAGGCAAUUUAAUGACUGGCAUUACAAAUACCAGCAACGAAGAAUGCCUGACGAGUUGGACACCGAGAAGUCUGAAGAAAACUCACAGGACGCCGCGGUUACAGAGAGGUUAGUUGUGGUAGAGUCAUUGAAGAAGAAACUGGAGGAGGAAAAAGAAACACAUGCGAAGCAAUGCCUUCAUGUGAGGGAGAAAUCAUUGGUGAGUCUUAAGAAUCAAUUGCCUGAACUCUUCAGGGCAUUGUCAGAAUUUUCUUCCGCGGGUUCAGAGAUGUACAAGAACUUGAGGCUGAUUUGUCAGGUCAAAUAGAUUGGAAGCAAUGGCCCAGCAAGAGACUUUCCUUGUAACUUUUGUAUAAUUUCCUAUGCGUUAUUAUUUACAUUAAAACAAAUCUUAUGGAAUUUUCAAAAAGCUUUGGAGCUCUUCUAUGAGCCUUGUUUGUUUUAUGUUUCGGCUGACCACCACCCAAAAACUAAUGAAUAGCCAUGUAUUUGUCCUGUUAUAACUAUUCCGAUCAAAAUGAUUACAUGAUGAAG